GCUCUUAUAAACUCAGCCUCUGCUUCAUCAGCGCUGCUUUUCUCUUUCCUGUGUGAUGCUGCGCUGCUGAACGGCAUUUAAACUCACCCCCCGCUCCCAAAACAACCAAAGUGUUCGGCUUUAUUGGACCGGGACACGCUCGGUGAACCUUGCACGUCGCGAUGCCGGUGGCGGUGGGGCCGUACGGACAGACUCAGCCCUCGUGCUUCGACAGGGUGAAGAUGGGCUUCAUGAUGGGCUUUGCUGUGGGGAUGGCAGCGGGAGCCAUGUUUGGGACUUUCUCAUGUCUCAGGAUCGGGAUGCGUGGCCGGGAGCUGAUGGGCGGAGUGGGGAAGACCAUGAUGCAAAGCGGUGGCACUUUUGGGACAUUUAUGGCCAUUGGAAUGGGCAUCCGCUGCUGAGGACCAACUCAACAAAACCCCCCCCCCAAUUUACCCAAUUCUUUACAGAAUCAUCAUGAAAUAUAAUGGGACUGUUCCAGAUACAACAACAUUAAGAAAUCUGUUUGCUGUCUUUCUUUCUAGUUUUGUCAAUAAAUGCUCUGAAAUGUGA